AUGCCAUGGCCAGAUGACCGAUACAACCUGGGGGUCGAGAUGGAACGACUACGUGGCGAUUUGGGUCAGGCCAACAGUGCGGGACAUAGCUGCCGUUUUAGUGAAACAUGCCAGGUGAAGUUGGAGAAACAUGCUCAACUUCUGUUGGAAUAUGUGAGCGUGGAGCUCUUGCGCUCCUCGGUGGCACAAGCCCAGGAGCUCGCCAGUCGUGCUGGGGCGCAUGAGGUGAUCGCUACCUUGCGAGUGGAACAACUCUUUUCCCCCGCGCCAGCCGCAUGUGACUACGAGUUUCCACUGCUGGCGAGCAGGUGCAUGGUUCGCCUGAAGCCCAACCGGAAGGACAGCCGGGAAGGUGAACGUCCACAGGUGCCGUAUUCCUUGGAAGUGGCGUCCUAUGCAGAGAUUUUUCAGGAAGGUGAGCCGUAUUUGCUGGAUCUCUUUGCCGCCACCUGCUGGGACGCUGGUGAGACGCCCACGGUGGAAACGGCGCGGCAGUUUUGGGAGACGCUUGGCGCGGCCUGGGAGGGUUGGAUGGGUGGAUGGCUUGGAGGCGAAAAAAAGAUGGGAUGA